GUGCCCUGGGCAACAGCCCAACGGACGGAGAUGGUGAGCUUCAACAACACUCCGGGCAAGCGCUUGCUGCAAGGUGGCCUGGGUAACAGUUACAACUUGACGGAGAUGGUGAGCUUCAACAACACUCCGGGCAAGCGCUUGCUGCAAGGUACACUGGGCAACAGUUCCAACUGGACGGAGAUGGUGAGCUUCAACAACACUCCGGGCAAGCGCUUGCUGCAAGGUGCCCUGAGCAACAGCUCCAACUGGACGGAGAUGGUGAGCUUCAACAACACUCCUGGCAAUCGCUUGCUGCAGGGUGCCCUGGGCAACAGCUCCAACUGGACGGAGAUGGUGAGCUUCAACAACACUGCGGGCAAGCGCUUGCUGCAGGGUUCCCUGGGCAACAGCUCCAACUGGACGGAGAUGGUGAGCUUCAACAACACUCCAGGCAAGCGCUUGCUGCAAGGUGCCCUGGGCAACAGCUCCAACUGGACGGAGAUGGUGAGCUUCAACAACACUCCGGGCAAGCGCUUGCUGCAAGGUGCCCUGGGCAACAGUUCCAACUGGACGGAGAUGGUGAGCUUCAACAACACUCCGGGCAAGCGCUUGCUGCAAGGUACCCUGGGCAACAGCUCCAACUGGACGGAGAUGGUGAGCUUCAACAACACCCCGGGCAAGCGCUUGCUGCAAGGUGCCCUGGGCAACAGCUCCAACUGGACGGAGAUGUUGAGCUUCAACAACACUCCGGGCAAGCGCUUGCUGCAAGGUGCCCUGGGCAACAGCUCCAACUGGACGGAGAUGGUGAGCUUCAACAACACUCUGGGCAACAGCUCCCGCGUGGCGCAGCAUUCUGAAGGUCGAUUCCUUCAGCGCCGGGAAGGGAGCACUGAGUCUUUGCCUUUUCGCGUUCUUCGUAGCCUCGGGCUGAUGUGA